AAUCUUUUUAUUUUUCAGUGAAUGAUGGAUAAAGAUUCGGAGAGGCUGGUCAUCAUUGAUACCGAUGGUGGUACAGAUGAUUGCCAUGGUAUCCUGAUUGCAGCUGCUGCUUCUCAUGUCAAAGUUUUAGCCAUUACGUGUGUAGUGGGUAACGUGGAAAUCGAUCAAGUCUCUCAGAAUGUCCUCAUGACAGUACACAUAUCAGACAAAUUGAGGAAAGCAAAGUGUCCCAUUUACGUGGGCGCUGCUCGACCACUAGCUGGUUUUCCGAUCCAUCGAUUUGAUGUCCAUGGGGAGGAUGGAUUGGGUAACACCAAAAGGUCAACAGACCUUCAGCAAGACUGCAUCCAAGCUGAACCUGCAUGUGUAGCUCUUGUAAGGCUAGUCAACCAAUAUCCUGGUCAGAUCAGUAUAGCUGCCAUUGGACCACUAACCAACCUUGCUUUGGCAAUGAGAAUAGACCCAACAUUCUCAUCCAAAAUCAAAGACCUUGUCAUCAUGGGAGGAGAUUCAGAAGGCAGAGGGAACAUAACUGCAUGUGCUGAGUUCAACUUCCACGCUGACCCAGAGGCAGCCCGAGUGGUCCUUCGUGAAUUCACUUGCUCUAAGAUACUGAUUUCAUGGGAGCUCACCAUCAAGUAUGCAUGGAAUAUUGAUUGGAUGCGUACCAAGUUAUUUUUAGAGGACAGGCUAGUCGGUCGUUUUCUUCGAGAUACUCAUGAGCAUAUUUUAGAAGUCUGCAAAAAGGAUCCCGCCAUGUCUACCGGAGGUUUAGUGGAUAUGUUCCCUGCCUGCGAUCAGUUGGCUGUAGCAGUGACCAUCAACCCAGACUUGAUGACUCAUUUCAACCACUUCCGUUGCUCCGUCGAGACAGGAGGUGUGUCCAGCAGAGGUCACUUAGUCAUUGACCGGGCCUCUUUUGACCAGUCACUAAACGGAGUUACACCUACAAAGAUUGUAACUGCAGUAGACUUUGAGAAAUUCAAACAGAUCGGUCUCAGUUCGGUCUCAGUAUGAGGUUUCUUGUGCACAUUGCAAAGUUGCAACUGAUUUAUCCAUGUUCAGCAUCAUUCAUCAACUAUCAACGUUUUCUCAUGCACACAUUAGUUUAAAAAGUGGGGGAGACUUAUCCUACAAUAAAAACAGUUUGAUAUGUGUAGACUUAUCCUACAAUAAAAGCAGAUUGAGAUGUGUAGACUUAUCCUACAAUAAAAGCAGUUUGAGAUGUGUAGACUUAUCCUACAAUAAAAACAGUUUGAGAUGUGUAGACUUAUCCUACAAUAAAAGCAGGAGGAGCAAUACAGACUGCAACUUUAAGGGCCGAAUUUACACCCAUUUAUUUUUUGUGUUCUUUAUUAGAUCAGUCAAUGUCAAAUCACUGCAAAUUUUUGUUACUAUGUGAGCCCUACCUCUUCCUACUUUCACAAAUCUGGUGUGUGGGAUUAAUUGAGGUUUUUAGUGGAAUUGAUUGGAAUUUUGAAAUUCCAGCCAAACAUGCCAGUAAACAAAUUUAUUUGAACAAAUACAUCUGUGUAAGAAUGAACUUUGUCAGAUUUGUAGGUUUCAACAUACUUAUAAUGAAAAUUACACCAGAAAUCUAAAUCUGCCAUUAAUUUCUAUAUCCAAACUCAAUUCAAUGACCUCUUAACCUUU